UCACGUACCGGAAGUAGCCAGGGUGACAUUAGGACAGGACGAAAACGAAGGCAUGGGUGUGCAUUUGUUGUGAGAGCCCCAUGCUCCUCUAGUUUGAGUGUAAUUCUUCUUAUAUUUAUGUGGAAGUGUAUAUAUUAAAGAACAAAAUGGCGGCGUGGAGCUGUCGGUUUCUUCUCCAGCGGGGAACUCGUCUCAUUUCUCUGCGAGCAACGGCUGAAAGUCCUGCCCAUUCAUUGGGCUGUAUCAGGACAGUGAAGACCACAACAUGGUUUGAGGAACACCUCACAAAGGACAACCAGGAGUACAUGAGGAAGAGUAUGGCAGAGGAAUACAGAAAACAAACAGCUGAAAAGCUAAACCCCCUCAAAGAUGAACCCUGGGAGCGUCAUCAAUGGACAGAGGGUAGUCAAAGAGUUGGGUUAGUAGCCGUGAAGCUGGGGAUGGCUCCUAUCUGGACGAAAACAGGAGAAAGACAUGUAGUCACCAUGUUGCAGGUGCAGGACUGCCAUGUAAUAAAGCACCUGUCCAAGGAAGAAAAUGACGGACGCUCUGCCGCCCUUGUGGUAGGAGGGAAAAACGUAUCACCAUUCCAUAGGUCUGAAGGGGAAAUGGAGAUGUUCAGGAAUGCAGGCGUGCCUCCGAAACAGAAAGUCACCACCUUUAAAGUGUCAGACAACGCCAUCAUCAAGCCAGGCACUCCUCUGUAUGCAGCACAUUUCCGCCCAGGCCAAUAUGUGGACGUCACAGCCAAAUCCAUUGGCAAAGGUUUUCAAGGCGUAAUGAAGCGAUGGGGGUUCAAAGGUCAGCCAGCCACCCAUGGUCAAACCAAAACUCAUCGCAGACCAGGGUCUCUUGGACCUGGAGGGGAUCCAGCCAAAGUUUGGAAAGGAAAAAAGAUGCCUGGCCAGAUGGGAAACAUCUCCGUCACAGCCUAUGGACUGAAGAUAUGGAGGGUCAAUACCAAGUAUGAUGUGCUGUAUGUUAACGGCUCCGUCCCCGGACACAGGAACUGCGUAUUGAAGGUAAGAGAUACUGUACUGCCAACCAGGAAGUCCACCCUGCUCAACCCUCCUUUCCCUACCUAUUUCAACGAAGAGGAAGGUGACCUGGAUGAAGACCUGUACGACGAAGACUUAUUCAUUCACACAGACCCAUCAUUAACAAUGACCUGACCACACACACACAAAAUCUCUCUCACACACACACACACACACGUGUCACGUUUUCAUUUAUACCCACAAACCAUGUCUGGAUCCUGUAAUAAAGUGUAAUUCCUUCGAA